AUGUUCAGCUCGUGGGAUCUCGUGCGACCGCGCUUCUGGUACCCCAUGUCGUCGCUGGAGCAGUCCAUGAUGGAGCUCGAGCAGAUGAACGACUUGAUGAUGCGUCCUCGAUUCCCAUUCGGUAUGCAGCUUGAUGCUCCAGUCAUGACCAUGGAGGACGACAGGAGUGAAUCCGAUUCCGACUCUGACGACGACGACUUCUUCGUGGACCUGCCUGUGGUGGCUCGCAAGUGCAUGCCGACGGCGUUCCAGCUGCAGGUCAACAAGAAGCACAGCAACAAGCAGCUCCGCAAGCACUCCUACAAGAUCACGCCCACGACCGAGCGCAAGAUCACGCUUAACGAGCCCAACGACGCCUCCGAGCGCCACACCUUUUCGUCCUACUCGUUCAGCAACUCGUCAGUCGUAGACGACAAGGGCCGUCGCGUGACCACCACGCGCCGCCGCUACGAAGACUCGACAGGUCGACUCAAAGCCGUGCACGAGCGAGAGAUCGACGGCACGACGCUGCGCACGACGUGGAGCCGCCAGAACAAGGAAGACGAGGGUCGUCACGAGUCCAUCUGCUCGAGCGGCAGUCCGGAAGAGUUCGAGGCGCUGUGGCAGCAGACCCCGUUCGGCGAGGCGCAGAAGAAGUCAGUGAAGGGUCAACUGCAGUCGGAGUCGGACGUGGAGAACGAGGUGGAGACGGCGGCGGCCGCUUUAAAGGACGCCAACAUGGAAGACGCAGCGACAGAGGGUGUGCCAGGGAAGGAGAGUGAGACAGCGUCGACGGAGAAGGUGAACAAUAAGGGGUCGAGAGAAGAAGGUAACGCGUCAAACGGUGCUGAAGAGAAGUAGUAGGAGUUGAUUCAGAUGUUUGGUUAAAUGCAUAUAAAACGGGAAUCACCUUCCAUC